AUGGAGUCCAACCCUCCACAACAGGUUCAGGAACCCACCGCAGCAGAGAAGAGGGAUCCCGCCAAGUUGUCACUGAGAAAAGGAGACGCGGAAAAGGAGGACGCCGAGGAGAGACUUGGUCCCACCGGUUCCAUAGUGACGACGCUUAGUGACACGAUCAGUACAGUGAUAACGGGCAGCAAGUGGGUAUGGGCAGGCAUUGAGUCGUUGGCGACGAGGCUUUAUUACAAGAACAAGAGACUGAGGCAGUAUCGCAAGUGGUUUAAGGCCGGCAAGUCGCAUCUUGACAUCGAUGAUUACACGGGCACCACUACUGAGAAGGGAUAUUAUAAUUAUCUCUAUCAUCGAGCGCACCCGAACGGAGAUUAUUAUAUGGGCUAA